CGGAGUAUUUGUUUGGGUAAAGCGGCGUGCGUCUCGCUGGAAAAUAAAUUAAAAAUCAAUCUGUACAACCCACAAAUUAAUCAGAUCCAGCAGCGAACAAGUUGCGGGGCACGAUGGUCGAGGAUCCGCACUUCAUCGAUAUGAUGGUGCAAGAGCUGAAAUCUCAGGGCCUUUUCGAUCAGUUCCGGAAAGAGUGCCUGGCCGACGUGGACACGAAGCCCGCGUACCAGAACCUACGUCAGCGAGUGGAGGGAUCGGUAAACAAGUUCCUGGCGGAACAGGAAUGGUCUGAUAAUAUACGGCACAAAAAUCAGCUAAGAGAACAGCUCCGCAAAAAUAUCAUAGACUCCGGUUACCUCGAUACCGGGGUCGAGCGGAUCGUGGACCAAGUGGUAAACCCGAAGAUAUCUACCAUUUUUCACCCAAAGGUAGAGGAGCUGGUGUACAACUAUCUCGGUAUCGAGAAACCGAAAUCCUCGGUGAAUGGCAACGAGAGCGCUCGUGGCGAAUCGCUGCUGGAAGAUCUAGAGGCGGUAAGUCCAGAUUCUGAUAAGAAAUCGGAGGGCAGCUUAACACCACCCCAGCCGGCAACGGAGACGGAGCACAUGGAAGUGGACAUGGAGAUUGAUGAUGAUGACGUGGAAGAGGAAGUUGAUGAUUCGAAGGAACAAGAUGACUUCGAGUCGCCGGCCUUUGAACCGCUGGAAGUUCGUUCUCCGAGCAAGUUGAAGGAGGAAGCCAACGACUCAAACUCUUCGGCCAUCAGCGGCUUGACCUCCCAAGAGUCGGUGGAAAGUGACAAAAAUGAGCAAACGCCCGUGGCAGAGAAAUCAGCCGAGGACACUGCGAUCGGGGCUGCAAACGACGAUCAGGAAUCGAAGGAGAACGCCGUCACCAAAGACUCCGAUUUUAGUCAAGAGAUUGGCCCGACGAAUGACUCUCAGCUGUCGCAGGUUUCGAGCAAUAGUCAGUUGCUACCCGUUACGGAACAGUCCGCGUCGGAUGACAUGGAACGAUCGGAGGAGAACGAGCGUUUGGACAUUACGGAAGAGGCUCAGAUGCCAACGCUGUUCUCCAGUCACUCGCCCAACAAGAAAACGGAUUCGUCGGAUAGCCAGACCGGUGAUCAAACGGAGGGCAAGAAGAUUACGUUCGAUUUCGAUAAAGAGGGGUAUGAGUUUGUUGGUACUGGACGAUCAUCAGCGAUUGCGGGUGCGGCGGAGGAAUCACCCGACCGAAGUCAACGCGACCAGCAGGAGGCAGAUGAAGAGAGUACCUCACAACGCACCACAACAGAAGAAACCAAAGAUAUGGCUCCAGUUAACUUUUCCACACAGGACGACACAUCAUCACUGUCGGAGCAUUCGUUAAAAAUCUGUGAAGAUUCGAUCAGCGACAAUGACACAAAAGAAUCACGAUCAGUUGACGGUCGUAGUUCCCAACAGAAAAGCGCUCCGAAAGUACAGAAACUUUCAGACGCCAGUAGCUGCAGUGUAAACGAUGAAGCGGACCCGAAGCCUACACCAGUAAGCCCAGCGAAAGACGAGAAUCACGACAAAGCAGAAACUGAGAAGAUCCAGUCUACAGAAGACCAAGCAGAAACCGAAGCAAAGGAGCAGCAGAGCUGUGAAGAGCGUGCUUCACAAGAGUCUGCUAAAGAAACAGAUGAUAAAGUGAAAGCGGAGCACGAAGACGACGAUCACUACCAGGAACAUUUGAAGCAACGUGGCAAUCGACGGCCCAGUGACAAAGAUUCCGAUGGGGAUGGUGAGGAAAAAUCGAAACCUUCCGGCGAAUCAGCUACAUCCGGGGCAGGCGAAACCGUGGUAGAAAAGGCUGAAGAUACGAAAACGGACCAGGAAAAAGCUAUCUCAGCAUCGGAAGGAUGCACCGACAGAACACUGGAGCUGGAAAUGCUACGUGGAACUGUAACACCGACGCGCGAGUGCGGUCGCUUAGACUCGUCCUCAUCCGGCAUUCAGUCGGGUGAUGAUUCGGAAAAGAGUCCCGAAAUGUUGAAGCACGCGGCCAAACCUGAAUCGAUCGUGCUCCCUGUGCAGCCGGUCGUCAUUGAUCAGAUGCUAACGAACGUGGAUGAGAACAAGCUCGAGCAGCUGUUGAAUGGUGAAGCACUGACAAACGAUGAAACGCUCGGUUCGAUUCAGAAAGAGUGGCAAGCGCUCAAGAAGGCAAAGAAACCCAAGUUCGCCUCCAACUUUACCGAGGCGCGGCGUCUGAUGAAGGUUCGUAAGCAGAUCGAGCGUGAGGAGCAAAAACGGCGUGAAAAGACGUUGGCCUUGGCGAAAAAGUACAUCAACGAAAGUAAAACCUACGGUGGGCAAAUGGAGGAUCAAGGGAUUGAGCUGGAAUUCGUAUGCCACGAUCAGCGUGAAUCGCCCGGCCCUACCAUUUCGUCUCCGAUCCCACCCACUUCCACCGACCAGACGGAGCAGAUCCAAGCGGCCACAACCAACAAGAGCGUCGAGCAGACAGAUCUAGCGAACUCGAGUGAUGCCGAGCUGCACUUUUUCCCAGAACCGAGAGAGGUGUUUAAAACGAACGAAAAGAUGCUGCAGGUUUUGCGUUCCAAAACGAACGGUGUAACGUUUCCGCGUAGCUUUAAAAUUCAGCAUUUCAAAACUCAAAUCUUCACUCUGACCGUAAGCGCCGCAAGUAGGAAGGGAGUCAAGCGCACCGCAACAUCACCUAGUCCCGCGGUAAGUGGUGCCAAGACGAAACGAAUGGCGGCCACCCCCGGUAAGUCAGUAUCGAACGGGAUCCCGACGAAACUCAAGCUCGAGGCCGAGGAUACGAAUUUGGCUUUGCGGAAACAGCGUUCGAUCAAAAAUGGCCAUACACAGCGAUUAUUGUCGAAAAGUACGCCACCUUCGGUAGGCACCGAUGUGUGACCGAUGACGGAUCAAUAAUCACGACGAAGCGCUAUCUUCUUUAGUCCAUAAAUGACUGACGGUGAAUGCUAUAGGUGUUCUUUGGUGGGGUACAUUAUGAAAAGUGGUUUCUUUCUCGCCAUGUUACUUGUUUGCACCGGUAAAAGUGUAAAUAAAAACGUAGAUUAAAUGGGA